GCAAGCUGCACCUCGGUCCUCGGCCGACGAUGGUGAUACCAAGGAUGACGGUGAAGGAGGGAAGCAAAAGAAAAAUCCGUGGUCUUUGGAGGAGCGGCUGGCACUGGCCAAAUACAUGCGAGAGGAUGACGCAGUGAUGGCGGUCGUCCAACCGAGACAAAAACACCAGCGGCGAUCGGUGAGGAAUGAUUGGGUGGCGAGGCGAAUGAAGGAGGAUGGGUAUCACCGAUCGGCGGAGGACGUGCGGAAGAAAUGGACUGACCUGCAAAACAAGUACAGGGAGAUCCACGACAAGUGCGGGGGGUCUGGGAAGCCGUCAUUCUGGGACAUGUCGGCCGAGGACAAGAAGAGGGAGGGCUUGACAUUCCUUUUUGAGGAAGAGUUGUGGGAAGAGAUGGCGUGGGUGCAGGGGAAGAGGUCAACCAUGUGCGACAACACGAUGGAGUCCUCCGCGUUGCCUGGUGCACAUAGCGGGGGUUCGGAUAACGGAACCUGCCUUGGCACCCCACAGGAAGAUUCUGAAAGCAGCAGGAAGUCCCGCCGGACUGAGAGAAGGAAAGCCUCGGCGGAGGAAGGGUGCAGCUCUUCGAGAUCCGUUUCACGGUUUUCAAUGGAGGAGUCGACACGAACUCUAUGCGCUGGUCUCGGGGAUGCGGCGGGGACUCUCGCCCGGGCGAAUGCGGAAGGUGCACAGCAAAUGCCACUCAAAUUGAUGCGGGCACACAACCGUCAGAUGGAGUUCUGCAAGGAGGUGGCUGGUCACACAGUCAGGUACUAUGAGGUGCGCGUGGACGGGAUGCACGCAAUGGACAGUACAGCGGGGAUGGGAUGCGAUGCUGCCAGUCGCCUGGCUCACGUGCUUCUUUUCGCCUCGAAGCGAAACCCCAUCAUUCCGGACAAAUGGGAUGGUAACUAUCGUGAUGUCGUUGGUGACAUCAUCAGAUACCUCGUCGACGCCAUGGUGGAGGAGUUCGCAGAGCGGCUGGAUGACUCCCCCUUCUACCGGUGCGAACUCGACCCGCCGUUGGAGGGGAGGGGCUAUCUUCACGGUCCUGUGCAGAGCUGGAUGCCAGAGGAUGACCUGCGUGUUCGGAAGUGGUGAUGUGACCUUUUUCAUGCCAUCCGCUGCGGAAGGAUAUUGUCAACCGCCGAG